UCGACUUUGCUGAUAAAUAUAAAUUAGGCUGCUUUACGACUCAGUUGGUAUAACUUCGCGGUCGAAACACCUCAACACGUAAUCAGUACUUUUUUUUAGUUUCUGUCGCGUCAGUAUUUCUUUUCUAUAUUUUCGUAAAUUUACGCAAAAAUGUACAAGAUAAUUCAAACUAUAGUUCCAGUCAGCAGGUCGACAUUCGGAUCAUUAUGCAGCCGUUCAUCAUCUACCGGGGGAUUUAGUAUUAAAUUGAAUGAUGAGCAACGUGAAAUGCAAGAUUUGGCUAAAAAAUUUACGAGAGAUGAAAUCAUUCCGAAGGCCGCAUAUUACGAUAAAACUGGUGAAUUUCCGUACGACGUUGUUAAGAAGGCACAUUCAGUGGGCUUAAUGAAUUUAUCUUUACCGCAGGAGUACGGUGGCACAGGACUUAAUUGUUUAGACUCGUGUUUAGUCGUUGAAGAAUUGGCUUUCGGAUGUUCAGGUAUUCAAGUUGCAAUAACAUCCAGUGGAUUGGCCCAAUCUCCUGUUAUAUUGGCUGGUAACGAUCAACAGAAAAAGAAAUAUUUAGGCAGACUUGCAGAGGAGCCUAUGUUUGCUGCGUUUGCUGUUACCGAACCUGGAGCAGGGUCAGACGUAAAUGGCAUAAAGACAAGAGCCGAAAAGAAAGGAGACGAGUGGAUAAUCAACGGUCAAAAAAUGUGGAUCACAAACGGAGGCAUUGCUAAUUGGUACUUCGUACUGGCACGAACCAAUCCCGAUCCGAAAGCUCCAGCCAGUAAAGCAUUUACUGGUUUUAUUGUCGAAGCCAAUACUCCCGGUGUGACUCCUGGUCGAAAAGAAAUGAAUAUGGGUCAACGUUGCAGCGAUACACGUGGAAUUACAUUUGAAGAUGUACGAGUACCAAAAGAAAAUGUUCUAAUUGGCGAAGGGGCAGGAUUCAAAGUUGCUAUGCAGACUUUUGAUAAGACUCGUUCGCCGGUAGCUGCUGGAGCUGUGGGCAUUGCUACUCGAGCUCUGCAUGAAGCCACAAACUAUGCAUUGCAAAGAAAAACAUUCGGCAUUCCCAUCGCUCAACAUCAAGCUGUUUCCUCACUACUCGCUGACAUGGCUAUUAGUGUGGAAACUGGACGCUUAAUCUGGAUGAAAGCUGCAUUUGAAGAAGAUAACGACAGUCAGAAUAGGGCUUACUAUGCGUCUAUUGCGAAGUGCUAUGCAGCUGAUAUGGCCAAUCGAGUCGCAUCUGAUGCUGUACAGGUGUUUGGUGGUGCAGGUUUCAACUCGGAAUACCCCGUGGAAAAGCUAAUGCGAGAUGCUAAGAUCUAUCAAAUUUAUGAAGGAACCAGCCAGAUUCAAAGGCUUAUCGUUGCAAAAUCGUUGAUUGCAGAAGCAAAGAGAAGAAUUUAAGCAGAUAAAUUAAUUACUACUAACUUAAAUCAUAAUCUUCUGUUCAAUUAAAAAUUAAAUAAAAUUAAAAAAAAACUUUAACCUGAAUGUGA